AUGUCUUCUAUUACACCCAGCAGAAGUUCUGCUUCUGGUCCAUCUGACCAAGUAGAUAUUAAUGCUUCACAUCCUUAUACUUGCAAUACUUGUCAAGUGGCGUUCAGAAAUAGCGAUUUACAACGGGGACAUAUGCGCGGCGAUUGGCAUCGGUACAACUUGAAGCGCCGUGUUACAUCUUUACCACCCCUCUCUUCCGAAGUUUUCAGCGAGAAAGUCCUACAGGCCCAGGCUUCUUCUACAGCCGCAGCUUCGAAGGCCGCGUACGAAAAGUCUUGCACGAUUUGUACCAAAACAUAUUUCAGUGAAAAUGCCUACCACAACCAUCUUAGCAGUCAGAAACACAAGGCAAGGGUAGCGAUAGUUGGUGAUGGACAUAUGGACGACGCAAGCUCAGUAAUGAGCUCAACUUUCUCAUUGGGAGAACCAAUGAAGACAACUGGAGCAGCAGAUGAAGAUACAGAUGCAGAUGCGCAAGUCGAAGAAGUUUCGAAGGGUAUCCAGACGACCAAUCUUGAAGAUGCUGAAGGUUCUGCGGCUACAGCCACAGCUACUGAGGACGACAUUAUGGAGGAUGAUGAUAAGGCCCUCGUGGAGGUGUCUACAAGUCGAUGCUUAUUCUGUAACGAAGAUUCGGCUGAUACAUCUGCUAACGUUGCACACAUGGAACGUAUACACGGCAUGUUCAUUCCAGAGAAGCAAUACCUGGUCGAUCUUGAAGGCUUAAUCGCUUUCCUUCACGAGAAGAUCUACGAAGAUCAUGAAUGUCUUGGCUGUGGAAAACUCAAGCAAUCAAUUUUCGGUCUUCAAACCCAUAUGAGAGAUAAGCGCCACUGCAAAAUUCGUUACGCUACAGAGGCUGAACAAAUCGAGAUUGGCGAACAUUAUGACUUUAGAAGCACAUACUCUGAUGGGGAGGAUGAAUCAGAUUUGGAAGAUGAAUUACCAGGAAAGCAACAGAGUGGCGGUGUUAGACUUGGAGCUAAGCGCCCAACUACAACUGAUGCUGAAGGGGACGAAGGAAUGGAGAACGGUGAUGGGUGGGAAACUGACAGCUCUGAAUCUUCCUUGGAUUCCGCAGAUCUUACAGCAGUACCGCUUGAUGAGAGAACUCACCAAUAUGAGAAACUUCAUCAGCAUCCUCAUCACUCCCACACAGAUCCUCGAUCACACCACAACAAAGACGGAUGGCACUCGCAUGCCCAUAAGCAUAAUCAUGCUGCAUUUUACUCUGAUUAUGAGCUCCACUUACCUUCUGGUCGCACCGCUGGACAUCGAUCAUUACAAAAAUAUUACCGUCAAAAUCUGGUCAAUCAUCCAUCAACAGAGGAGAGGCAACGACGUGCAAUUGAGGCUGAAGAAAACUCCGAUUCUGAAGUUGAGCCAGAUGAACGUGUCGUUCGUCGUAAUGAGAGAGAACGUGGAAGAGUUCUUAAUACUACUCGUGCAAAUGGAGGCCUCGGUAUGGCUGGUGUCACCGCUGAGAAGAGAAAAGCAGUCGACUUGGCGGAGAAAAGAUCCAGAAAGGUGGAGGCUUAUGAGCUCCGUAAAAAGGAUUGGAGAAACAAUAAGCAGAACAACUCACAGAAACAUUUCAGAGAUCCAUUGUUGCAGUGA